ACCCUAUCCCUCUUUAUUUUUUCCAAUUAGGGUUUUUCUCGAUUUCCCUCCUCUUUGCUUCCUGCUGAUUUUUUUAGGGGUUUCUGACUUCGUUGCUGAUUGCAAUUCGGCCGUGGCCGGCGGCGUUAAAUCCCAAUUCUUGUUUCCGACUCGCCGUUGAUCGCAAUUUUGUUGCGUAAUUUGAUGACUUAUAAUUUUUUUUAAAAAUUUAAUUGAAUGGUUUUUUUAGUGGGAUAAUUUGAGCAGCGAAUUGCUGAAUUUUGGAUUUGGGGGAUUAGGGAUUUUAGCUCUCGGCGAGGUAAAGAUUUGUAAUUUGUUGAAAAAAUUGGGGGAUUGAUAAUUGUGUUUGCAAAUUGGCGAUUUGAGCGAAUUGAUGAAUUUGAUUAUUUUAAUAGGAUUUUGAAAUUUAAUUUAGUAUAAUGUGAUGGUUUCGCGUGGAAAAUCAUGAUUGAAACGUGGUAAUUGGUAAAUGUUAUCAACCAGCAGCUGCAUUGUUAUCGAGAUUAUUAUUUUGUGGAUGAAACUUUAAUAAUUUCCUGCAGUGUUGAUGCACACUCAAACAUUCUGUUUGUAAUUUUUCAUACUAAAUGUUUGGUAAUUUACAGUUUCAGCAUGAAUGAAGUCUCAUAAAAUCAGCAAGAUGGAUGUACAAAUAUACAAUUCAGAACAAACUCUUGGCCAUAUGCCAAACAACCCGGGGCUGAAUUCGAGUCCUUUUUUGCCGGGAGGGGAUAGUUUACGCCGUCAAGCAUUAAAAUGCCCAGUAGGUUACUUGAGGGAUUGGCGCAAAGGUCCUAAAGUUAUCCGCUUUCGUAAUUUCGUUAGGAAACUACUUAAUGAAUACUUCUUAAUACGUACCAAUUACGGGUGUGGAGAGAUGGCAUCUGAUUAUGCGGCUGUGGUGGAGAACCAGCUAUUUAUGGAGGCUAUUUCUGAGGAGGAGUAUGUGAAUGUGGAAACAUUAUCUCAUCGGCUGCAAAAAUUACUCAACCUAUAUGAUGCAAACUCCAGUCAACCAGCAGUUUCUGCAGAAACACCUUUCAACUGCUUGGGUGGUGCUAGUAGAUCUGACUCCGUUUGUAAUAAUGCAUUCAUAGCUAACAAUGCUGACGAUGUUAACCUCAUAAAAGGGUUCCCUUUUAAUGGUGAUAAGCAGGGAGAUACUAAAAGAUUCAUUACUUCCGAUGAACUGGACAUGCCUUGCCUGACAGGCCUAAGACAGGCUUCUUCUGAGACUGUUGUUCCUUUUGAGGAUGCUUCAACAUCAGUCGCUGCAUACUCCAAUGCCAAUCAAGGAUAUCUGAAUUACAUUUCUGGCAUAUCAUCUGAUUGUCAGGUUCAACAGCAACAUCUUGGCCAUGUUGGAUCCUCUAAAUUCGAAGGUCGUUUGGGGAGUAACCAGAAUGCUCAAUCGGUUGUUUUUCCAUCCACAGAGGGAGAGUUUUCAGUGUUUUCCUCUUCUAACUUGCUGAUCCCUCAACAUGUUCCAACGGAUGUUCCUGUAAUCUCCAGAGAGAUCUCAACUCUUGAGGAUAUAUUGCAAUCUUGCUCCCAGAUGAUAAAGUGUCAACAUAACCGGAAACGAUCCCUUCAUCCAUUAAUGUGGUCUCAGGUGCCUCCAGUACAGUCACAUGGUGCUCACCAGUAUGCUUCAGAUGGACCCAGUGCAGGAAACAUUGAAGAUAUGCUGCCUUCAUCAAAAAGGUUGAAGAUGGGUAACAAAUAUGGAAGUAAUCAUCUAUUGGCUCCUUCAGUUGUUCAACAUUGUGUUCCUGGAGGACUUUCAUAUCUGCAGCAAGAGUCUAAAUCUCCUACAUCCAUUAAUUCUGAGGACAUAGUGCAAUCUUGUUCUCAGACGAUAAAGUGUCACCAUAACCAAAAACAAUCCUCUCAUCCAUUGAAGCGGCCUCAGGCUCCUCCAGAACAGUCACAUGGUGCUCAACAGUAUGCUUCAGAUGGACCCAGUUCAGGAAGCAUCAAAGAUUUGCUGCCCUUGUCAAACAUGUUGAAGACGGAUAAUAAAAAAGAAAGUUCUCAUGUAUUGGCUCCUUCAGUUGUUCAAAUUUGUCUUCCUGGAGGACUUUCAGAUCUGCAUCAACAGUCUGAAUCUCCUGUAUCUAUAAGUUCUGAGGAUAUAGUGCAAUCUUGCUCCCAGAAGAUAAAGGCUCAGCAUAACCGAAAACGACCCUUUCAUCCAUAUUUGCAGCCUCAGUUUCCUCCUGAACAGUCACAUGGUGAUCAACAGUAUGCUUUAAAUGGACCCAGUUCAGGAGAUAUUGAAGAUAUGUUGCCAUCGUCAAAAAAGUUGAAGAUGGAGAACAAAAAUGAAAAUUACCAUAUAUUGGCUCCUUCAGUCAUUCAACCUUGUGCUCCUGAAGGACCUUCAUAUCUGCAGCAACAAUCUGAAUCUCCUGUAUCUAUUAACUCUGAAGUAACACAUGUGGAGAUGGAACCAGUAAAUAAUUCCAUACAAGAAUCAAUGAGGAUCAAUGACGUUACAAAAUGUGAUUCUGACAAUAUCCUUAAACUGAACUCUGAGAGUGUGCCCAUUCCUUCUGGGGAAGGAUCUGCUUGUCAUCAGAGGGAACAGAUAGACCUUACUAGCAGUAGUGAGAUUAUAGACAAUGUGAAAGAAUUUUCUGGAAGAAUGGGGUCGAAUAGUUUCCAUUUUUUCUCAGAAGAGCUUAAAGAGGGAACUGUGAGGACUGAGUUCAUCCAGACAGAGCCAGAACCAGACUCUGAUUUUGAGGAAGUAAUAAAGCCACAGAAUCCAGAAACAAAUAGUGUCCUAUUGACGGAACUAUUUAAACAAGAGAAAAUCAAGGAACAUUUAUCGAAUCUUGGGCAGAGCAUUGAUAAGAGUAUCUUGAUGGAAGACAGAGAAAACAGAGAAAACAGUGAGAAAGUGUGUCAGUUGUGCGCAUUAGGAAAGCUGUUUUUUGCCCCUGCACAAAUAUAUUGCUCAUGCUGUGGUCUCCGUAUCAAGCGCGGUGUAAACUAUUACUGCACACUAGACGAGCAUAGUUCACGAUAUUGUUUUUGUAACUUGUGCUAUAAGGGGUCUCGAAGAGGAAAUAUCUCAUUUCAUGGGAUCCGUAUCUCAAAGGCAACACUUGGUAGAAAGAAGAACGAUGAGGAAACUGAAGAACCGUGGGUUCAAUGUGAUAAAUGCAAGGGCUGGCAACAUCAGAUAUGUGCUGUCUUGAAUGAUAAAAGUGCUUUGGGAGGCCAAGCUGAGAACACAUGUCUCAAAUGCUUGUUAAAAGAAACAGAAUGUGGGGAGCUCAAGAACUUACCAAAGAGUUCUGUUUUCAGUGCAAAAGAUCUGCCAACUACCAUGCUUAGUGACCAUAUAGAACAAAGACUCUUUAGGCGCCUCAAGCAAGAGAGAGAAGAGAGAGCAAAGGUCGAAGGAAAAGAGUUUUUUGAGGUUCCAGGAGCAGAAGAUCUUGUUGUGAGAGUAGUGUUAUCUGUUCAAAAAACACUAAAAGUUAAGCAGAAAUUUUUGGAUCUCUUUCAUGAUGAGAAUUACCCUGCUGAAUUCCCAUACAAAUCAAAGGUUAUUCUUUUGUUUCAGAAGAUUGAAGGAGUAGAUGUAUGCCUUUUUGGAUUGUAUGUGCAGGAGUUUGGCUCAGAAUGUAGUCACCCGAAUAAGCGUUGUGUUUAUAUCUCAUAUCUGGAUUCUAUUAAGUACUUCAGGCCAGAGAUAAAAACCGUGACUGGAGAAGCUCUUCGUACGUUUGUUUAUCAUGAAAUACUGAUAGCUUACCUUGAGUUUUGCAAGAAACGAGGUUUUGUUACCUCCUACAUAUGGGCGUGUGCCCCUUUAAAGGGUGAAGAUUAUAUAUUACACUGCCAUCCAGAAAUGCAGAAUAUGCCCAAGCCUGAGAAGCUGCGGCAAUGGUAUCAGUCAAUGAUAAAAAAAGCAGCUGAAGAAAAAAUUGUGGUCAGUCACACUAAUUUAUAUGAUCGGUUUUUUAUCCCCACUGGGGAAUGUAACUCCAAGGUAACAGCAACUCGUUUGCCAUAUUUUGAUGGUGACUAUUGGUCUGGUGCUACCGAGGAUGCAAUCAGGGCGAUUGAACAAGGGAUGGCAGAUACACAGAAGAAAUCAAAGAAAACAAUAACAAAGAGAACUUUGAAAGCCAUGGGGCAUACAAAUCCUUCUGAUGGCUCUACCAAAGAUAUUCUUCUGAUGCAGAGAAUGGGUCAAACCAUUUUACAGAGUAAGGAGGACUUUAUAAUUGUCGACAUGCAGUAUGUUUGCACACACUGUCAUGAAGCAAUAUUAUCUGGACGACGCUGGUCUUGUGGUCAGUGCAAAAGUUUUCACCUCUGUGGAAGAUGCCAUGACGCUGAGCGCAAAAAUUGUGGACAGGACAUUCACAUCUCCAUUAACAUGGAACGACAUGUGCUUUCUCAGGUUGUGGUGGAGGAUAUGCUUUCUGACACUAAGGACGAAGAUGUUAUUUCAAACAACAAUUUACUUGAGAAUAGGCAUAGUUUCUUGAGCUUGUGUGAGAAAAAACAUUAUCAGUUUGGCACACUUCGCCGGGCCAAGUAUUCCUCAAAAAUGAUUCUGCAUCAUCUCCAUAAUGCUACUGCGCUAACUUCUGGGAACACAUGCAGUCUUUGCCAUAAGGAUGCUGUGAUUGAUCAGAGAUGGGUGUGUGAAAUGUGCCCAGAGUUUGAUGCUUGUGCAACAUGCUAUCGAGAGAAAGGAAGCUCUUGUCAUAUUCAUAAGUUGACUGAAAGUUCUCCCUCAGCUAGCCAUAGCCGUACGACAGAGAGUCAACAGGCACCGAAAAAAGGAUUUCUGAUAAGGGAACUGCUGGAUGUUUUACAGCAUGCAACUACAUGUUACCCAACCAAGAGUCAGCCUUGCUUUUACCCAAACUGCCUCCAAAUGAAGAAGCUAAUCUACCAUGCAGUCAAGUGCACAGUUCGGGCUUCAGGAGGUUGUCAGUUCUGUAAGAAGGCAUGGUCUGGAUUGAUUUUGCAUUCGAUAAACUGUAGAAAACCAAAUUGUACCACACCGCGUUGCAUGGAUCUGAGGAAGUAUGCAGAAGAGCGUCGGCUGAAGAAUUAGUCAGGUAGUGAGCAGUGAAGGUUGCUAAGAGUUGAUAGUCUAAAGUGUACAGAAUAGGGCAGGAUUGUCAACAGCAGCAGCCUAAUGUAUAGAAAGUUGAGCAGCAGGACAACUUCCAGCGUUAAGUAUUGCAGCGCUCAACGAUGUUGUCAAAUAAAAACACAGUAAAAUCUGAGUCUAGUACCAACCCCAUGUAUACAAACUUUGUGGCAUUCCUUCAGACGGGUUGUGAUUCGAGGGGUUGGUACGGUUCCAAUACAAAAUAGGCUUAGAAAAGGUAUGCUUUUGAUAACUGGUUAAGGCUCUUUCUGCAGUCCUUACCCCUUCCCUGAACAGAGUAGUUUUCGUGGACGUCGGUAGACGAGCACAUGUUUAGAAUUGGUAAAUCAGAACCUCUAGUUUGAGGCAAUGACAGUUUUUAUGUGUUCUUCUCGUUCUUUAGGUUUCUGAUGUAAUCUUCCGGUGACUUGAUCAUUUAUGUACUUGCACAUGUAAAUUCAAUGUCGUUUAUUAGUUUUACCAGAAAGAGCUUUGUUGUGAUG